UAUUUCACACAGUGUAAUUGCCCUAAUCUGUGGAACAAUUCCAAAACUGUAGCAAGUGCUGGUGGAAGGUGUGGAAUGAGUACGGCUCUUGCUUACCCACACACUCUUAGAAGCAAGCAGAAGCCAAGAUCCUGCCACAGAGUAAGCAGAGAGUUAACAAGAGAGGUUCAAACCUGUAGAAGCCGGUCCUGUUUUGCCUGCCGCUCCUCUAGAGAUACAGCCUGAGAGAUCUCCCAGUACCCCAAUAAUAGCCAGUGGGGUUGGAUUGUGCUUUGCUGUGGAUAAACUCAUUGUACUCUGUUCCUUUUCCCACCCACAUCCCUUCCUUAAGUACAAGAUGGUUCCAGAAUAGCUCACCUGGCUAGUUUUCUUGUGUUGAGUACAGGACAUUUGUGAGGUUUUUGAAGCAGCUGAUCACACAGCCCAGGGGCUGACUAUGUUACGUAUAUUUUUGUCUUUCUCAGUAGUGUCGUUAAUUAUUUGUGGAUUUCCUAGUCCAUGUUUCAUUUGUAUACCGGGCAGGGCAUAUUAUUUUAUUUUUUGAACAUAAAUACAAAUCCCUUUUCUAGCCAGUCUGCCCUUACUGGGGAUCCCGAAAAAUCUUUUUUCACUGUGGCCUUUUUUCACAGUGGCCCUGGGAACAACCAGGAGUGCAUACUGUGGAUCCCAAUGGUUUAUUUGAAGGGAUGACCUCACCCAUAUGCCUCAACUGUCCUGUUUUAAUCUUGGAAUCACAGAAGACAAUCUUGGCUUCUGAUUGGAUCAUGGAAUGCCUUGAGUUUUGGUCCAGCACUCUGGAACGAGUCCUCAAGACAGAAUGCUGGACCAAAAGACGCUCAGCCUGUCACGAGUCAGCUGGGUGGCACUAGAGCGCCGGAAUGAAAGCCACAAGUCUUGCAAUCUCAAGCGUGUGAGAAAGCUCAGCCAAAAAAGAAGCCCCCUGAUUUGGGUCCCAAGAAUGCUGGAGAAUAUGACUUUCACUGUUGUCUGUCAUCAGGUAUCAGUCUGUACAGAUGCCUAGAGAAGGAGGAGGCAGCAGAGUGGGUUUGUAUCACCAUCUACAGAACUCUUUCUGGCUUUGCCAAGGUUAUUUCUGCUUGACCUGAUAGUUCCUCCAUGUGCCUAUUUCAGAACAGUCCUCAUUCAAGAACAGGACGUUUCCUUGAUCGAAGCAGAGGUGCUUCAGAGUGUCCCUACCUAUUAGAAAAUUGUGUUCAAUGCUCAAAUGAUUAUCCCCCUCCACAUCACUAUUGAAUACUAUAUAAAGUGGUUCCUCUCAGCACUGAGCAUUCACAUCCAGCAGCCACCAUGAAGUGCAAUAACACGGCAUUCCUGGUCCUCAUCAUGGGAUUAUUGGCACCUUGCGCUAAGGCACAGUAUUUCUUUCCCCGUUCAGAAGGUAAGAAUUCUGGUCCUUAAAUGCAUUAAGUGUGCAGUAUGCCAGGCCUCUCUGUAAGGACCCAUUUAUGUAUUUUUACUAUACUAUUGCAAACAAUGACUCCCUCCACACCAGAUAUAAAAAGCACAUGGAUCCAGUUUUCUUAUGAAACCACCAUGGGACUCUUUGUAGGGUCUCAUUGUGGAGCUUGCAUCUUUGGUAGAGAUGAUAUCAGGUGUAAGGUUCACAAAUGUCUUCAAAUGGUAUUAUGUCCUGUGUUUCAAAGGAUGAGAUGACAUAUAUUGUACUUGUGACAUUUCCUCUUCUCGUCCUUCCUCUAGAAACUAUGCCUAGAAAAUGCACACUCACUCCGAAGUAUGGAAAAUGCAGUUCAUCCCUUCCACAUUUUUACUAUGAUGCCAAGAGCAACAUGUGUAGGAAAUUCAUUUACAGUGGUUGCGGAGGCAAUGGAAACAACUUCCAAUAUUAUUACCAAUGUGUUUUGAAGUGUCAACAGUUUGGUAAGGACAAUUAAUCCCCCCACCCCUUUUCCUUACACCUUUAAAACAACCAAAUGUUUGAAGCGAAAAUCUGUUGAAAAGUUGCCUUCUGUAUUAAUGUGGUUUCACACUCACAUCAAAUGUGUGAGAUUUGUCUUCUUGCCCUUUUCACAGCACUUAUAAAGUUCAGGUCAACAACAGAUAUACAAGGUAAGAGUUGUUAUGGUUGUCUGCCUUGUGAUUCAAAAAUUGAGUUGGAGGUGGGUGGGUGGGGGAGCCUGUCAAUAUGAUAGGCAAGCCAGUCAAAAACAGGACAUUAGCUGCAAGAUGAUGAGCAGCAACUGCUUCAGCCUGAUACUUUAUUCUGUGGGACUAGGGAGCAGAUCUCUAUAUGUCAGCCAUUUCCCUUCCAUAUUUAUCCUUUUAAUUGAAAUUACUUCUGUUGGAGGGGUCUUCUUCAACAGCUGACACUACUGCAUACCACUCCAGGGUUCCUGUCAUUGCUCACUUGGAAGAGAUAAUCUCAGCAGUUUGAAUCAUAGAUGCAGGGCUUUGAAAUAGGAUUUACAUCUACUAUGGUAAAAAGUAAGGGGACCCCUGGCCAUUAGGUCCAGUCGUGACUGACUCUGGGGUUGCGGCGCUCAUCUCGCUUUAUUGGCCGAGGGAACCGGCGUACAGCUUCCGGGUCAUGUGGCCAGCAUGACUAAGCCGCUUCUGGCGAACCAGAGCAGUGCACGGAAACGCCGUUUACCUUCCCGCUGGAGCGGUACCUAUUUAUCUACUUGCACUUUGACGUGCUUUUGAACUGCUAGGUUGGCGGGAGCACGGACCAAACAACAGGAGCUCACCCCGUCACGGGGAUUCGAACCGCCAACCUUCUGAUCGGCAAGUCCUAGAUGAGCUUAUAUACUGUAUUGGUCCGAAUAUAAGCAGCACCUUUAAAAGUCGGGGGGGGAGUAAAAAAGACAAAACCCGAAUAUAAGCCGCUGCCUAUAUAUAGGCACUCACACCUGUUCCAUUUUACCGUAUAUCUUCUUUCAGCAGUGAUAUAGUAAAAGCCAGUUUUUGUAAGGUCAUGAAUUUAAGCCGCACUUUAACUUUUCACGAUCGGGAAAAAAGUCAGGCUUAUAUUCAGGCCAAUGCGGUAUGUGUGAGCUUUCCACAUACUGCUUUUCUCCUCCAGACCCACCUCCGAAAUGCAAACAGCCAUUAAUAUUAGGAGACUGCAAAGCAAGUAAGCGGCGCUAUUAUUACGAUGCUGAGAGAAAGAGAUGUUUCGUGUUCAUAUAUAGUGGAUGUGGAAGCAACGGGAACAAUUUUGAUUCUUUCAGGGAAUGCUACGAGGAGUGUGAAAAGUAUGGUAAGAAUGAGCACUUUUAAUCUUUUUUCCCAAUCAACCCGAAGAACUUGCACUUUUUGCUUAACUUUAUGCAUGCUCUAGUGCAAGCUUCCUCAAUCUCGGCCCUACAGAUGUUUUUGGCUUACAACUCCCAUGAUCCCUAGCUAGCAGGACCAGUGGUCAAGGAUGAUGGAAAUUGUAGUCUCAAAAUAUCUGGAGGGCUGAGGUUGAGGAAGCCUGCAUUAGUGCAUAAAGCCUUAGCCCACAAAUAUCUAAAGCAGUGGUGGCCAAACUUGGCCCUCCAGAUGUUUUGGGACUACAAUCCCCAUCAUCCCUGACCACUGGUUCUGUUAGCCCAGCAUGAUGGGAGUUGUAGUCUCAAAACAUCUGGAGGGCCGAGUUUGAGGAAGCCUGCUCUAGUGGCAUUGCAGCUCCACUACAGCAUCAUAUUGCCCUAUAGACAUGCCGGGGGGGGGGAGCUUUGGUAUUAAGAGGUUAGCAUGUUGGGGAAAUUAGUUCUCUGAUUUAGAAAAUCAGCAGAAAUGUAGCGUUUGAUGCAAGAGUGGGGAAGCUUGAUGCUAGAGCAGAAAAAGAGUGCUGGCUUCAAAGGGGAAAAAAUUGAGUCUAGCAUUAAGAAAAGAAAAGUUGUUGUUGUUUUUUAAUGUUAUAAUUUGAAAACUGACAAAAGACACCUGAACACCUGGCUGAACAAAGGGUUUUGUACUGGCAUCUGAAACAUAUCAGACUAUGUGCCAGGUACUGUAUCUAACCUGAUUCUGCUCCACCACUGGCACAUGGAGAUUAAUGGGAAAGGGCAAGGCAGCCUUAUGGGUCCCAAGCUGAGUUCCAUUUCAUUUCACUUCUAAUUUGUAUAUUAUGUUUCUGCAUCACUAAACACAAGGCAAUUUACAAGCCGAAGAAACAACAAAAUAGAUGGCAAAGAAUGACUAAGUUACAAUCAAUAAAAACAAUGGCAAGUUGCAUUGCAUAAAAUACAACAAAACAUACAGAGCCAUGCAAAAGGAUCAAAUGGAGAAACAAUUGGGGUGAAGAGUUAGUCUAGAUUGCUCAGGAGCAAUUGCAGCCUGAAAAAGGUCUCUCAUGGUUCUACUUCUCCUUAUAACAGAAACACCCGAACAUCUGAUAAAUCCUGACAAGCUUGAAGGUAAGGGCCAAGUAAAGGUAAAAGUUCCAUAGCAUUUUCCUUCUGACUCUCAUAUGCAUUUUGCCUUCCACUCCUGCUGGCUUUCUUUAGUUCUUAUGCAGCUUGUUCCUUAAGGCCUCCUUCACUGUGUCUUUACUUCUUAGCAGUUUUCACCAGGAUCCAAGGGCUUGUUUCCUCCCAAUACAUCAUGGGAUCUGGCCAGAAGCAUCCGUUGCAGCCCCUAAGCCAGUGAUGGCCAAACUCGGCCCUCCAGCUGCUUUGGGACUACAAUUCUCAGCUCUCAGCCUCCGCGCGAUUGAGGGAAUCCCCGGUCGCGUCAUCCCCUGGACAGCCAAUCAGCUGGCUCGGGGUGUGUGGCCUGCCCAAUUUAAUGCAGGGGCGGCCGGGGAUCUCCCUCUUUUGCCACCUCCAAUUGCUCCCAUUAACCUUACUUAAUUGUGUCAUGUGUCUUUAUUUCCACUGGGGGAGGGUAGGAACUCGCCACGCAACUUACUGAUUAGGGAGGGACAAGAUAAUGUCCCAAGAGGACAGUUGUCUUCUGCAUGUGUCAUUCAGUUCUGAAUUCAAAGUUCUCAGCCAAAAGUUUUCACUCUUUUCUUCUCCAAACUACAUAUUGGUCUCUCAGCCCAAGAAGCUUAGGACACCCCCUACUUCCCUCUCUCCUCUUAGGUUCAAGGGUCUAUUUAUUGACAGUGGAAGAGUAUCUGAAGCCGUGUAUGAGUAUGCAGCCUACUGCCCCUAUUGCUAUGUCCUUCUACUGAUCUCCUUGCCCACCAUGCUUCCUCACCUACCAUAGCAAGCAAGACUCCCCUUACUUAUACCAUAGAAGGUGGGCAUGGAAGGGGAAAGGGGGUCCCUGAAGCAAAGAGGGUGGGAUGUGAGGCAGUGCCCCACUCUCCCCACUACCUCAGAAUGCGUUAAGGACAGGCAGGAAACCCAAGACUCUCAUUUCACAUCUUGAUCUGUCUCUUUCUAUGAAGCUUGGCUGCACCAAAUCAAAGGCUGUUGGUACGUUUUCUGUGAUAGUACACUAAAUCUACCUUGAGGCAUCUCAAAAGGCAUAACCUCAUCCUACUUAAGUCCAACUGGUCUCUUUCAUCUGUGCUUUUUCCACUCUUGUCAACGUGGCUGUUGGAUCCCAGGGCAGAGUUCUCAUAAUUGUCACUGAGAUCAUCUCAGGUGUUGCAACCACAAGCAGGAAACCUUCAAAUUCUGUUUUCUUCAAGAAAUGAAGUAACAGAUAUGAACCUUGUUUUUGUCCUUCUCUCCCCCCCCCCCCCGCAAUAUCAGACUUUCUGCGUGAUUAUUGUGACCAACCCCUAGACGUGGGAUGCUGCAACAAGGACUUACCUCGCUUUUACUACGAUUACAGUAGCAGGACCUGUAAGCCGUUCAAUUACGGUGGCUGUGCAGGGAACAGGAAUAACUUUGAGACAGAAAAUGAAUGCCUUUGGGCAUGUGCAGCCGAUGGUAAGGGCACAGAAAUGUUUAGAACUUAGAACUUUCAUUAUUCUCUGAAUGUUAUUUAUGCAAUGAUUGUGUUCCAACUGCAUCAAUUCAACAUCCUCAUUUCAUAGGAGAGGGAGAAGCUCUGUUUCUUGGAAUAGCCUUUGAGUUGUGGAUUAAGGUAGCGAAAGGUGCAUUCUGUUUGAUGCAUUUUAUUGAAAAAAUGUCAAAGGAUUUGGUGGUGGAGGAAGGAAAAGCAACAACAACAACCCACAAAAUGGUUGGCAGUUGCCAGAAAGAUGGUAUCUUUUUGCUGCAAGCUACUCUUUCACCUACUGUUUCAGCUACUAGGGACAUGGGUGGCACUGUGGGUUAAACCACAGAGCCUAGGGCUUGCUGAUCAGAUCGGUGGUUCAAGUCUCCAUGACAGGUGAGCUCCUGUUGCUUGGUCCCUGUUCCUGCCAACCUAGCAGUUUGAAAGCACAUCAAAGUGCAAGUAGAUAAAUAGGUACCACUCCGGUGGGAAGGUAAACGACGUUUCCGUGCACUGCUCUGGUUCGCCAGAAGUGGUUUGGUCAUGCUGGCCACAUGACCCGGAAGCUGUACACCGGCUCCCUCGGCCAAUAAAGCGAGAUGAGUGCCGCAACCCCAGAGUCGUCCGCGACUGGACCUAAUGGUCAGGGGUCCCUUUACCCUUUACUAUUUCACCAGAAAGCUAGAUGAGCACUGUUCCUCUUGGCCAAUAUGACAAAAGAAUCUGUCUGCCCAGAAUUGCAAUGAAUAAUCAAUUUUUGAAAAGUUUCUGAAAAUUAGUAAAAAGGUAAAGGACCCCUGAACGGUUAACUCCAGUCAAAGGUGACUAUGGGGUACGGUGCUCAUCUCACUUUUCAGGCUGAGGGAGCUGGCCUUUGCCCACCGACAGCUUUCCGGGUCACGUGGCCAGCAUGACUAAACCGCUUCUGGUGCAUGGAAGACUGUGAUGAGUGCCAGAGCACAUGGAAAUGCCAUUUACGUUCCUACUGCAGUAGUAUCUAUUUAUCUCCUUGCGCUGGCAUGCUUUCGAACUGCUAGGUUGGCAGAAGCUGAGACAGAGCAAUGGGAGUGCACCCCAUCAUGUGGGCUCAAACCACCAGCUCUCCAAUCAGCAAGCCCAAGAGGUUCAGUUGUUUAGACCAUAGCGCCACCCGUCUCCCCACAAAGAUUAGUAGAAUCACCUGGUAAUGUGCCAAGGCAUGUCACACGUUGGUAAUGUACAAUUCCAUAGUGAUCCGUGGCACUCAUAUCAGUACAUUCCACACAAGGUCCUGUAUACCUGAAGGAGUGUCUCUACCCUCAUCGUUCAGCCCGGACACUGAGAUCCAGCUCCGAGGGCCUUCUGGCGGUUCCCUCAUUGCGAGAAGUGAGGUUACAGGGAACCAGACAUAGGGCCUUCUCGGUAGUGGCGCCCGCCCUGUGGAACGCCCUCCCUUCAGAUGUGAAGGAAAUAAGUAACUAUCUUAUCUUUAAAAGACAUCUGAAGGCAGCCCUGUUUAGGGAAGUUUUUAAUAUUUAAUGCUGUAUUGUUUUUAACACUUGAUUGGAAGCCGUCCAGAGUGGCUGGGGAAACUCAGCCAGAUGGGCGGGGUAUAAAUAAUAAAUUAUUAUUAUAUUAUUAUUAUUAUUACAGUCUUGAGUGGUUAUGCUAGCUAAAAAUUUCAAGUAGCCGCAUACAUGUACCUGUAAAUCUAUGGCCUUAAUUGAGGAGCAAAUACACGUAAUUGAGGUUGCGUGAACAUUCAGAUUUCUUCUUCUUCUUUGAAGUGAGGUGACCAUAGGGUGGCAGUCUUUAUUUUUUGACUUAUGCUGUGCACAUGCUAUACAUCAUGACUCCCCACCUCCCCACCCAAAACUCCUGGGUAGUGAAGGGUGAACCCUCAGAGAGCUCUAAUUUCCAAGGGCCCUUUAUAAACUACAGUCCCCAGGAUUCAUUAGAGGAGCCCUUGCGCUUUAAAUAUAUGACGUAGCUUUAAUUAAUCCAAAGGCGAUUUGGUGGUUCAGUUGCCACAGCAUCCCUCUGUGUGUUUGUGGCUGUACCUCAUUGGUUGUGAGCGUGCUCAGAGCUGUGUUGCUGAAUGGCAGAUCUCCUCAAAGACAAGCAGGGGAGCAAGAGAGAGUAUUCCUUGACCUUAAGGAAUUUUUCCUUUCUUUCGUUUAGCAUCUGAUAUCUGACCUUGCUAGAGGGAGAGCCAGCAAGCAAGCAACAGUGAGUCCUUUUCUAUAAUCUCAUUUUGCUCCCCCACCCCCUGCCUUCAAUUGGAGAAGUAGGAGGAGAAAUAGUGGGUGGCUUGUGUAUGUGACAUCUGCCCCCUUUUCUUUCCACUAUGCCUAAUUUUAUAAACUUGUGUCGUGCGCCCCCCAACUCAGCAUCCCCACAAACUAAACAGCCCCCCAAAGUAUAGUUUCAUCUCGGUGGAAAUAGGUCUUGGCUGCACCACCACAUUUAAUUGUUCCUACCUACCUCUUCUUUGGGACGCGGGUGGCGCUGUGGGUUAAACCACAGAGCGUAUGACUUGCUGAUCAGAAGGUCGGCGGUUCGAAUCCCUGCGACGGGGUGAGCUCCCAUUGCUUGGUCCCUGCUCCUGCCAACCUAGCAGUUCGAAAGCACGUCAAAGUUCAAGUAGAUGAAUAGGUACCCCUCCGGCGGGAAGGUAAACGGCGUUUCCGUGCGCUGCUCUGGUUCGCCAGAAGCGGCUUAGUCAUGCUGGCCACAUGACCCGGAAGCUGUACGCCGGCUCCCUCGGCCAGUAAAGCGAGAUGAGCGCUGCAACCCCAGAGUCGUCCACGACUGGACCUAAUGGUCAGGGUUCCCUUUACCUUUACCUCUUCUUUCUUCAAGUUCACAUUGAGUCUUUGUGCAGGGCUUGGCCUCUUCUAUUUUCAGAUUCAUUACCAUCUCAUUGGGUCCUUUGGAACAACGGCACCAGAGGAAACCAGGAUGCACAUUCCCAAAAAACGAUGCCUUCAUCUAAAGGCUUCAUUCUUGCAUGCUUGCCAAUAAACUCACAUGUUCUUCUUCUUCAUCCUGCA